AUGUCCACCACAGAGACGUUUCACCUAUUCCCUUACCUGCCAUGGGAGCUUCGUGCCAUGAUAUGGGAAUUCACAGUUGCGCCUCGCAUGGCAUUCACUGAAAUCCUAUCGGGCACAUCGGACUUCCAGCGGAAAUAUGUUUGGAUCAACUGGGAGCAUGAUACCAUCCGGGCGGGAAUGACCGAACUGCGCCACUUUAGGUACGAAAGCAUCCAAACUUCCAUUCAGCGGCUCGACAUCGAGAUACUGCGGCUUCUGCCUGGAGAGAUCAAGAUUCUCCAGGGCUUUGUAAAGCUCAAGAAGCUUGAUAUUCACGGCGAGAUCUGGAAUUUCCGAUGGGCCUUUCGCCUGUUCCCCUUUGCAUGUGGUCAGAAAAAUAUCAUCCUACACGAUAUGCUGGACUUUCUUACGUUGGACAGCUUUGACUGGGAUGAGUUAUGGGACGACCUGUGGGAUGAAGAUAUACCUGUCUAUGAUUAA